AUGGAUGACGCGCCGCUGCCAGCGCCCCCGCUCCCCGCCCGGGCCCCGGCCCCGGCCCCAGCUCCGCCCGCUGCUGCCCCACGCGUGCCGUUUCACUGCAGUGAGUGUGGCAAGAGCUUUCGCUACCGCUCGGAUCUGCGGCGCCACUUCGCUCGGCACACUGCGCUCAAACCCCACGCGUGUCCGCGCUGCGGCAAGGGCUUCAAGCACAGCUUCAACCUGGCCAACCACCUGCGCUCGCAUACCGGCGAGCGACCCUACCGCUGCUCCGCCUGCCCCAAGGGGUUCCGAGACUCCACCGGCCUGCUACACCACCAGGUCGUCCACACUGGUGAGAAGCCCUACUGCUGCCUCGUCUGUGAGCUCCGCUUCUCCUCGCGCUCCAGCCUGGGCCGCCACCUCAAGCGCCAGCAUCGUGGGGCGCUCCCGUCCCCGCUGCAGUCCGGCGCAGGCCUGCCCUCCCUGAGCGCGCCCUGCUCGGUCUGCUGCAACGUGGGGCCCUGCUCUGUGUGCGGGGGCACGGGGGCGGGCGGGGGCGGCGCCAGCGGCGAGGGUCCAGAGGGGGCAGGCGCCGGCGCGGGAGGGUGGGGGCUGGCCGAGGCCGCGGCGGCGGCCUCCUUGCCCCCGUUCGCUUGCGGCGCGUGUGCGCGGCGCUUCGACCAGGGCCGUGAGCUGGCGGCCCACUGGGCAGCGCACACCGACGUGAAGCCCUUCAAGUGCCCGCGCUGCGAGCGCGACUUCAACGCGCCCGCGCUGCUGGAGCGGCACAAGCUGACCCACGACCUGCAGGGCCCCGGCGCGCCCCCGGCGCAGGCCUGGGCCGCCGGCGAGGGCGGCGAGGUUCAGCCAGCCUGGGACGGCGGGUUGCUCCUGGGCCGCGCCGGGGGCGGCGUGCCCGAGCUGGGGGUGCUGCUCCCGGAGGGCGGCGGCGAGGCGCCCGCGGAGCCGUCGGAAGACACGCUGUACCAGUGCGACUGCGGGACCUUCUUCGCGUCGGCGGCCGCGCUGGCCAGCCACCUGGAGGCGCACUCGGGCCCCGCGGCCUACGGCUGCGGCCACUGCGGGGCGCUGUACGCCGCGCUGGCGGCCCUGGAGGAGCACCGACGCGCCAGCCACGGCGAGGGCGCGGGCGCGGGCAGUGCGGAGGCGGCGGCAGCGCCCGCCCGCGAGGGGGAAUCCCCGUCCGGGGAGCCCGCGUCCGCCUCGGGCCGCGGCAAGAAGAUCUUCGGUUGCUCCGAGUGCGAGAAGCUGUUCCGCUCGCCGCGCGACCUGGAGCGGCACGUGCUGGUGCACACGGGUGAGAAGCCGUUCCCGUGCCUGGAGUGCGGCAAGUUCUUCCGCCACGAGUGCUACCUCAAGCGCCACCGGCUGCUGCACGGCGCCGAGCGUCCCUUCCCCUGCCACGUCUGCGGCAAGGGCUUCAUCACACUCAGCAACCUCUCCAGACACCUGAAGCUGCACCGGGGCAUGGACUGA